UCUUUACAGUGCAGAAUGGUUGAACAAACAGGGGAGACUACUGGUGUUACUGACUCAGCUGCGGCGCCACCGUCAAUUAGUCGGUGUAAUGGCGCCUAUCCAAUUGUAGACCAUGUCAUACAAAUUUUGCCAAUUGACAUAGUUUUUACCGUAUUUGUUAUUCUGUUAUAUAUUUUUAUGAAUAUUACCAUGGCAGGAGAUAAUAGGCGAUCAACUGCCGCGCAAUUUUUUUCGGAAGAAGAAGAUGCCGGUACUGAGCAGAUGUCAACAUAUAACCGGGUGGUUGAUUUGCUUAAUCAAGCAUCAUUUAUGCAGAAAAACAAUAUGAAAACAGAAAAUCUACGACAGGUUCAAGAACUGAUACUUUAUAAAGAGCCUAAUCUUUUGGAUAAUUUUUUAGAGGAAAUGUUGGCUUUUCAAAGUGACCGGUCUGUUGAAGUUCGAAAGUUUGUUAUUAGUUUCAUAGAAGAUGCUUGCAAGAAAGAACCUGACCUCUUACAGAAAAUCCUGCCAAACCUUGGUGCUCUUUUCCAAGAUGAAAAUGUCAAUGUUCAGAAGAGAGUUAUUCUGGCAAUGGCUGGACUUCAUAGACUAGCUUUACAGUGGUUGAGCCAGAGCAAGACAAUUACUGAAGAAAUGCAACAGACUUGGAAACAAAUCUUACAAUUAAAAACCUUCAUAAUUGAGAUGAUGGAAUCUUUAAAUGACGGUAUCCGAACUCAUGUUGUGAAAUUUAUUGAAAAUGUUGUUCUAACUUUGACAAAGAAAUCUCCUGAGUCAGACAUUCCUAAGAAACUUGAAAAUGAAAUGACACUUGAUAAAGUCCCUGAAAACCAUAAACUGUUGGAUGUUAACAAAUUAGAGGAAGAGGGCAAUGAGUUAUUUGUCUCUUUGCUGAAAUUUCAAGCCUCACCUCAUAUAUCCAGUAUAAAUCUGAUGACUGUCAUGGGAAGCCUUACAGCAAUUGCUAAACAAAGACCAGUAUAUUUUGAUCAAGUAGUACAAGCAUUUGAAUCCUUACAUGUAAAUUUACCACCAACGUUAGCCAAGUCACAAGUAAGCAGUGUUCGUAAAAAUUUAAAGAUGCAGAUGUUGGCUUUACUAAAGCAUCCAUAUUCUCCGCGCUUCAUGUCUCAAAUAACUACUCUCUUAACCGAUCUUGGAGCAAUGCAGUCAGAGGUUAUGAAGUGCAUGCCCAAAACAGAAGACAUCAAAAAGAGAAAAGCUGAGGAUGGACCCAGUACUUCAUCAUCUAAAAAGUCCAAAGUUGAGAUAAAGCCUGAUCCUGAUGUGGAAGAGGAAGAGAUUGGAGCACCACCAAGUAAAGAAAAACUGCCCAGUACUGCUCAGAAACAAACAGCUAUUGACAUCACUGCUGAAGAUUUGGUUGGUAGGCUAAAUCCACACAAUGUAGCAGAUCUUGUAUUGAUUAGUAUGGUCAUGUUACCUGAUACAUUACCAGCCCACUUCCAAGCAACAUACACACCAAUUGCUGCAGCUGGUACUCCUGGUCAGAUUAAGCAUCUUGCCAGGUUACUUGCAACUCAGCUUACUAUGGCUGGAAUGGGUAAAGGUAUCUCUGAUGUCCAACGAAUGAAUGUAGAAAGUGAAGAAACACCUGCCACAACAGAAGAAGAAAAAGUUACUACAAAAUUACAAAUUCAAACUGUAGUGGGAGGAACUAUACAAGUAGGAGCUGAUGAACCUAAAAAACCUGAUACUGCUCUUAUAACAACACAACCAUUAAUGGGCACUCGUAAAGGAUCAAAGCAGUUCAAGUUGUCCAGUGUCACAAAACCAAUGAACAGAGAUCUCCUGGAUCAAAUGACUGUCAGGGCUGUGAGGCGUAUAUUAAUGGCUGAAAAAAGUGCUCUUAUUGGUAAUGCAUUACCAGAACGGACCAAAAUUUUGGCCUCCCUUGUUGCUCAGUUUGGUGGUGAGCUGAAAAAUUUAUUACAAGAAUACAUAUUUGAAGACUUACGUAAUCGAGCAGAUAUAGCUUUCUCUUGGUUAUACCAAGAAUAUGUUGUCUGCCAUGGUUUCAACCGGUCCAAUAUGGGAGAACACAAGACAGUUCUGGCAAGCUAUGAUGAAUGUUUGACUCGAUUGCUUAAUGGCUUAUUGGAGAGAUCUGAUCAUAGAGAUGGACUGUUUACAAGAUUGUUUCUGGAAGCUCCUGUUAUCACAGACAAUGCUAUUCAGAUACUUCGUAAAUUUUGUCAAGACGAAAAUCGUGUUCAUAUUGGAAUGGAAACUCUGCAGGAAAUGAUCUUGGCACGACCCCAUCAUCGCCCAAAAUACUUGAUUUUAUUAUUAGACUUUGCAUCGCAUGAUAAAGUGGAGGUGCGAAACCAUGCAAUCCAUGUCAUCAAGAAGCUGUAUGAACGAGAUGAUAUUCACAAACUAAUUGAGGCUCAUGCAUUAACUUACCUUCGAUAUCUGCUCAGCCCCAAACCUCCACCAGAAUUGUUUUCAGCAACAAAAUUAAAAAGUGAUCCUCCGGAAACCUGGGUAGAAGAUUGCAUUAAACUCUGCUUGUAUUUAUAUCUUGGUCUGUUACCCAGUAACCACAAAUUAAUUCAUGAGCUAGCCACUGUAUAUACAGCGACUUCAGCAGAUAUCAAAAGAACUAUCCUCAGGGUUUUAGAAAAUCCGGUUCGAGGAAUGGGCAUGGACUCUCCUGAACUGUUGCUUUUAGUUGAAAAUUGUCCAAAAGGAGCAGAGACCCUUGUUACAAGAGUAAUCCAUAUCCUCACUGAUAAAAGUGUUCCUUCUCCUGAGCUAGUCGAACGAGUCCGAGAUCUUUAUCAUAAAAGAGUUCCAGAUGUUCGUUUCUUAAUACCUGUGCUCACUGGAUUACGAAAGAAAGAGGUUUUGGCUGCUUUACCCAAACUGAUUAGAUUAAAUCCAAUUGUUGUAAAGGAAGUUUUUAACAGAUUACUUGGCCAUGCCAAUGCUGAUGCUUCUUACACUUCACCGUUGACUCCAGCUGAGCUUUUGAUUGCUUUACAUAACAUUGAUCCUACAAAAUGCGAUAUGAAGACCAUCAUCAAAGCUACCAAUUUAUGUUUUAGUGAGAAAAAUGUUUACACCCAGGAGGUUUUGGCUGUAGUAAUGCAGCAGUUGAUGGAAUUGAACCCUCUUCCCACUCUUCUGAUGCGAACAGUUCUGCAGUCUUUAUCCAUGUAUCCACGUCUCAUUGGAUUUGUGAUGAACAUUUUACAAAGACUUAUCACCAAACAGGUGUGGAAGCAAAAAAGAGUUUGGGAAGGUUUUAUUAGAUGUUGUCAAAGAACUAAGACACAAUCAUUUCAAGUACUUCUGCAACUGCCAGCACCACAACUUCGUAAUGUCUUUGAAAUUAGCCCAGACUUGCGUGAACCACUUUUCCACCAUGUUCAGUCGUUUACUCCACAUCAGAGAGCUCAUAUACCUAAAGUGAUUAUGAAUGUGUUGGAGAAAGACCCACUUGAACAGGUGAAGGCUGCUGAAAAGCUGGAGAAAGAGAAAAGAGAAAAUUCUGUUGUGAUAAAAGUACCAACAGUUGAAGGUACAGACACUGCCAUACCAAAUCAACCAACUGAGUCUACAGCUCCUGAAAGUCAACCUAAAGCCACCGAAGACAAACCUAAUGAUGAUGAAUCACAGAAUCUACCUUUGCCAUCAGCUGUAGUUCCUGUUCCUCUGCUUACUCAGCCCAGUAGUCUUCCAUCACAACAGUUUCCAAAGACCCAAACAGCUUCAGAAGUUCCUCAAGAAAUCGAAACACUUUCAACUCCUGCUGUUGUUCAUGAAAAAGAAGUCGAAGACGAUGACAAAGACCAGACAGCUCAGCCUGGUGCCAACGACAACACGGUACCACCAUCACAUUGCAGUAAUUCACCAUCUCCAUAUCCAACUCUGUUGACUUUAACAGAAGGCAGUACUGACUAGAUUUUCAUAUUGGAAACGGUUUCAUAUGUACAUUUAAUUACACCACUGUAAGCUAUUUACUGAAUUGUUGAAGUACGAAAUUAAAUCUUUUUUGUACAAAUAAA